GAGGACAUCCAAGGAAUUCCAGAAAUUGGCUUCUUGAAACCAAGCUUAUGAGGCCAGGAAAUGGCUUAUUAUGCUCGGCAGCUCGACGUACUAGUUGAGGAACUGACGUGCUUUUGCCCUCGUUUGCUAUGCCGUCACGCCGCCAAAUUCAGACGAAAAUGACGAUGGCCGAGGAACGCAAAAAACGCCAAGAAAAGUUCAGAAAGAGGAGUGGGAGUCUCUUCGACAAGGUGAAAAAGUUGGCACUAGAUACCGAUGCAUUUGUUGCCCUUGUUGUUCGUGAUAGAGCUGGUAGAGUCCGGUCCUUCAGAUCAUCAGAUAGUCUUUAUUGGCCGGAUUCAAUUAUAGAUCUUAUCGAGAAAAACCCUUCAGGUGCCCACGAGUACAUCCAGAAGCAUGCUAUCUCCGGCUGCUGGAAAGGGAUAGAAGACGAGAAUGGUAAGAAAGGGAAGCGGGCAAUGAGGGCGGCCUCCGCAGACAUACCAACUGGAUCUGAUAGUACCAUAACCGUCGAUUUAUGCCGUGAGGACAAGGAAAUCGAGCUCCACUUGAGUGCAUCAAAAGACAUAGAAAUAAAAACAUUCGAGUCGCCAGUGACGGAGGUCGCUGCAUCAGAUAACAUUGUAACUGACACGUUUCCGGAGUCUGAUAAUGCUGCAGUCCCCACGGUUGCGAAGCCGUGCAACACAACACUCAACGCAGAUGGGGAACUGGAUGAAACGAUGGGUGAUCUCGAAAAUUCCGACAACGAUGCAGUUGGGAAAUGGAGCAACGAAACACCCGACACACUUGUGGGGAUGGAUAAAGCGAUAGGGGAGUCGAUGGCAAUUAAUGUACUCGACGCAGAAGAAGCAGAUCCAUUAGUCUUCGAUUACGACAUGAUGGAUUUAGACAUGGCGGAAGGAAAGAAUGGCGUAGACUUCGAUGGGGCCGAAAUGCUCGGGGCAGGUGACUCGAUAGAGGCAGCAGCUACUCUUUCCACACUAAGCCAACAUGUAUUCAAUUUGCCAAGGACGCCUCUUCCAAGUGGUAAGGGAGUCUGGGGAACGGCCAAAUCGAAUGUCUCGACGGGGAUUGACCGAAAAGAGCUGCUUGAGGGGUGGGACUGGGUUUUUCGGAGAAGAUAGGUGCAGGUUCCCAAUCACAUUCCUUAUUCUUCAGAUACCACGUUGUGGUAGGAUAUGUGUCUGAAGUUAUACUUCCUAGGGCGUGUAAACUCAACUUCCAAUCAUUAUAUGUUUUAUCGACCGUGAGGGUGGCACAAAUUCUGAGAAGGGGAUGAAGCUAGUUUAGAGGGUUAGUGCCGCAUAAAACAAAAUGUGGGCCAAAAAUAAAAUCAUUGAG